UAGGUUUUCCGGAUUCCAGUGCAAUAUUUUUUUUGAUGUUUUUGUGCCAUCAACAAUCAUAAUAAAAGUAUCUUAUCAUCUCACCCUAAUCAAGCAUAUAUAUAAGAUCUUAUCUAAAAUAAUGUGUGUGUAAAAUGUACGAGGAUACUCAAGAAAUUUGUGUCGAAGUUAACAGUGUAAAAAAUAAAAAUAAAAUAUGCCAAAACAAUACUCAUAAUUCAGAUAACUCUCCAGAAAAAAUUGAAAAAAACCCGGCCGCUUCUUCCCUUACAUCCAUAUCAAAUACAGAAUCGUCCAAAAGUGAAAAAACAGAGGUUUUGCUAGGUAACUAUUCUUUGAAAGAAGAUCUCAACAAUAUUUCUAAUGUUAUUCCAGUUCAUAUUUUUAGAGGCGAAGAUAGAAGAUAUCCACUUGAUAUUGCAGUGAAAAUCAAUCCCAAUAGUUGCAAUGAGAGACUAGACUUUUUAAUGGACCCAAAAGAAAAUUCAGUUAAGGUAACUGAAGAAAUAAUUGGAACAGAAACUGUUGAAUGUAUAAAAGAUACAGAUAUUGAAUCAAAUAAACAACUCCUUGAAUCAUUAGACUAUAAUUUAUCCAAAAGUAUUCCAAAUGUAAACAUAGAAAAUAUAGAUAAAAAGGAAGAUCUCUAUUAUGGUCUUACCAAGGUGAAUCAUGGUCAAUGUUGUAUUAAUAAAUCUGGUGAUGAUAGUGAAGGAUGCAGCAGAAUUGGUACAGGUAUUGCACUAGAAAGUAAUAUUACAAACAUAUCUAAUAUUAGCUCUAUUAUCAAAUUAGAAAACACAAUAGUGGAAAACAAUAUCCCCAGUGAAAGUCAUGCAGAAAUUACUUUUGAAAAAUUAAAUAAUGAUAAAAAUAUUUCUGAUGAAUUUAAAAAUAAUGUUCCAUGUAAUUAUGUCUUUCAUGAACAGCCUAAUCAUAGGCCUAAAACUGUAGAUUGUAAUGAUGUAAGCCAAAUUGGAACCGGCUCUAACAGUGCCUUGGGUACUGAUUCUGAUAUUUUAUUAAUUAAAAAUGAUGAUCUUAUUCAAAGAAAUAAAACAUUGCAAAAAGACACACAAAAACUAUCCCAAUUUACAGUAAAUGUUGAAGAAAAUAAUGAAUUUCAAGAAACUACCACCAGUAUUACCAGUGCAUCAAAUAAAACAGGAUUAGAAAAUAUUAUUACCAAAAAUUCUCUCAUAGUAGAACCUAUUGUAAAUUUGAAUGAUGCAGUCACUUUUAACUCUAAAGUUUUAAGUAAUGAUACAAUUCAAGAAGGUAAUGAUAUACCUAACAAUACUCAAAUUGUUAAAAAUGUAGAGAAAUGUAUUAGUAAAACUAGUGAUUUUAUAGAUAGUAAUGAAAGUAUUUGUAAAGACAUAAUCACAAUUGAAAGUCAUGAUAAUGUUACAUUGAAUAAAGAAUUUAAACAAGAACAAGAUAAUUCUGUAAUGGUUGCUAGUAAUGCUUUUAAUAACAGUAUUCAAGGCAAUCCUCAGUUAACAAUGACUUCUCUAGAAAGUAAUAUUUUGUCUGAAGCUAAUGUUAGUGGUGCCCUUAAUUUGAAUAAUUCAGAAUUGAACAGCACAAGUGCUGGCCAUAAAAAAAGUAAUGGAAGCUUGAGUAAUGACAGUAUCCAUCAGGAUAAGAAUAUUUCUUUAACUGAUUCACAAGAAUCUCAGGAAUUAAAUGACAAAAGCUCUGAUGAUGUAUCCAUUCACACAAAUUUAGGUGAUUUUAUGUGCACUGACAAUGAAAAAUAUAAAGUUAUAAUGGAUGAAGUUGAUGAAGAAUUAUCGAAUUGUACUGAAGAAACCAUGCAAGUGGUUUUAAAUGAAGCAGGUGUUAUUGAUAGACAAUCAGACUGCAUAUUUGCAAAUAAUGUACUAGAUACCACAAUAAAUUUAAAUAUUGAUACUAUUCUUGUUGAAAAUAACUCAUUACCUCAUAAUAGUAAAAACACAGAGAUAGAGAAAGAUACAUUGCAAGGUAAAGAAAAUAUCAUAGAUAAAGAAUGUAUCAAUGAGUUGAAUAAAGAGCAUAUUUUGUCAGAAUUUCAAAUAAAUAAACAAAAAGUUACGGCCACCCAAAAAGUUUUACCGGACAUAUCACAGACCAUUGAUAUAAAAAGUCGUAUUCCUAAAGAAAUAUUGUCUCAUGAUUUAGGAAGCAUUGUUAAGAAUGUUCAUGGAAUAUUUUCAUCCAUGAGUGGAAGCUUAAAAAAUGCUUACAACAAUACACAAAGGGUGCAGAAACCUGUCAAAAACUUGACACAACCAAACAGUAAGGUUUUGAAUGACAUUUUCGAAGAAGCUGAUGAACGGUUGGUGGAGACUAAAAUUGAGAGGGACUUAAGUUUGAAUGUUGAGACAAAUAUUGAAGUUGAAGUUCCUAUUGAUAAUGAUUUGGGUAAGGACUUCUCAAAAUUACAAAUUGAGUCUUUGGAAAGAGUUUUAGCUGAGCAAAGGAGGGAAAACGCUUCAUUAAGAGAUAAAAUAAAGAUGCAAGUUGAGGAACUGCAGGCGAAGAAUGUUGCUUUUAAAGAAUUGGAAGUCAAAGUUGAGCAGAUGUGUAAAUACACUGAACAGGCCCAACGUGAGAAGGACGCAGCAGUAAUGAAAUACGCCAGUCUGGAGUGCUCUGUGAUUGAGGCCAAGAAAGCAGCUGAGAAUUCUAUGAAAGCUGAACGGGCUGCUAUUGCAGAACAGGAACUCAUGGUCAACAAGCUAAAGACGGCCAGAGACGAGAAACAGAGGAUCUGUCAGCUAUAUGAUGAUAAAUGCCACGAAUUAGCGAAUAGCGAGAGGGAGGUGUCCAAACUGAAAGAGGAUGUCCGAGAAAUUGAGGGUAGAUUGAAAUGGACGCAGAACAAACUGCGCGUCGAAAUGGACGCUUUUAAGGAAAGCGCUGACAGAGCUGAUAAAUUGACGCAACGGCUUUCAGAGUUGGAGUCGGCAAAAGAUUCUGCUGUCGUCAACGCGUCCGGGAAAGCGAAGCAGUUAGAACUUGAAUUGAAAGAAAAAGAAGCUGCCCUGAUACUGUGUAAACAUGAGAACGAAGACUUGGAGCGUAGGUUCGCAGUGACGUCACAGCAGCUGGACGCCGCUAAGAGAGAACUGGAGGAGACAUGUGGCAACCUCGCUCGCACGCAGGCUGAGCUUGAGCGUGUACGUGAGCAUGCAAGUCGCGUAGAAGAAGAAGCUGCGGAGUUGGCUGCCCUAAGAGCUCAGGCCGCCCUAGCUGACACCCUCAGCUCGCAACUGCAGAGGGAGACGGAACGAGCGUCGCAAGCGGAGGAGGCGUUGUCUAAGGAGCGGGCCCGAGCCGAAACUUGCGCUCGGCGGGAGGCGAACGCGCUUGAACACGCCGCGAGACUCACCGCGCUGCACGUGGCGUCCAGACACGCCGCGCAUGCGCACGAGGAUACGGCCAAGGCACUUGCGGUGGAUAACGCGUCGCUACGAGAGAGAAUCACCACGUUGGAAGGUGAACUGAAGAAGCUGCAAACAGAUCUCGAAGAGGAGAAGGAGAGACGAAAUAAGGAGACCAGGGUACUUGCGAGGAAGGUGGCUGAAUUGACUGAAGAAGCUUCCGAGGCGAACAAAAAGCUAGAGUGGGAGAAAGGAGAAGUUGCUGUGCUGAAGAAGAGACACGCCAGCGCGGUAAAGGAGUUGAACCGUGAACUGCAACGCGCAUUGAAGCGCGUCGAGCAGCUGGAAUCGAAGAUACCUGGCAGCAGUGAAGCUACUUCCACAAGAACUGGUUCUGUGACGUCACUAAGCAGUGGAGGUGAUCCACCUGAGGAUAGGUUGAAUGGUCACUCACAACCAGAGCCCCUGCCGGACAUACAGAUAAAAGAACCGAGUUUGAUUGAUAAGAUAUUUGCAAAGCGUGAGCCAGACAAGCAGACGCUGAUAGAGCGGAUAGUGCACCUGCAGCGAACCCUGGCGCGGAGGGCGGAGAGAUGCGAGUUCCUGGAGGAACACGUGCGCCAGCUGACGGGAGAGUUGCGGGUCAAGAGUAAACUGCUGAGGAACAUGCUGGCAGCCUCGCCCGCGGGAGCUCUGGCCACACCCACCAGCGACCGAAACAAGCAGCUAAGGAAGCUGACGAAGAAGGAGAUAGCGAGACUGGGCGGGGGAGCAAUGGCUGCGGUGUGGGGGGGCGACCCGGGGGGCAUGUCGCUUGAACUGUCGCUCGAGAUGAACAAGAAGUUGCAAGCGGUGCUCGAGGACACACUGUUGAAGAACAUCACGCUCAAAGAAAACAUUGACACACUUGGGGAAGAGAUUGCAAGGUUAAAAGGAAAACCGCGGGAGAACAAUAGUUAAGUCGUGUAACAAAAUUGUGUUGGAUUUAUAAAAGACUAUGCGAUGGUGUGUUAAAUAUUAAUUGUUAUGUAGCUUAGACUCCCAUUGAUCGGGCGCCAUUUAUGGACAUUCCAAAGAUUAUUUAACAUGGAUAAGACAUGUAUAUUUAAAAGCAUUUAGUCUGAAGUUUUGAACAAAGUAAAACGUUAAGACAAUUUGAAUUAUUUUUUGUUAAAAUACUAAACUGCGCCCGUUAAUCAGAUAAAUAUUUAAUUAAAUUUUGGCUGCAUAAAUAAGAUAAUAUGUAAGUUCAGAAUUGGGUAUACUCCCCAAUUCUGAUAGCAUAGAAUUGGGGAGUAUACCCAAUUCUGAUAGCAUUUUGACGAUUCGAUUCCAUUCACGAUUUUUUCUAGUUAAGAUUGGUGUAAAAUCUUGAAUUAACAAAAUGGGCCUUCUAUUAAUUACGUCACACAAGUAUUGUGGGUCUUUUAAGCCCCUCCAGGUACUUUGUGGUCCCAUUUGUAAAUCCGUCUCGCCUAUGACUAUGACGUUUUUUUUAAAUGUUAUUUUUAUGACUAAUAUUUUUUUUAAGUGAAAACAUUUUUAACCGCGUUGGGCACACUUUCGUAGGGGAAAAUCUUAUGGGUUCGCGUCACCGACAUGCUCAGGAAUAGCACACGCGGCAAAUUAAUAUUUGAAAAUAUAAAUAUAUAGGUACAGUUAAGACACUUUUUCUAAAGGUGAAAUCUCGUGGAUUCGCGUCACCGAAAUGCUUAUAGCAGUAUAUCUGUAGCCAUACAGCUGACAUAAGUCGGGGUAUAUCUUAUAAGUAAAAUUUAAUGGAGUUAGUGAAAACUUCAAUGUGAAUUUACUGUGCAUUGUUGAAAUUGUGUUUUUGUUUGAUUAAUAUAUUAUUAUUAUUGUAAAGAAGUUUUAAAAAUAAAUUUCUUUUGCCAUUUUUUUUUCUAUAGAUUUUGUUUACAUAUAAAUUUAAAUUAUCGAGAUUGAAUAUUAAUUUUAGCAUAUUACUUUAGAUAUUAGAAUGUGACGUCUAACCCCCCCCCCUUAAAGAGUGACGUAAUUUGCAGUAAAAUUCAGUGUACAUAAAUGUAAGAGUUAUUAACAAUGUUAUAAUAAUUAACAUUUUGUAAAACACAAGGUAUUAUUGGUUAUUAUUCGCAUUUACAUAAAGAUCUUGUCCUUAAAUAAUUUAUUUAUGCGGCUAGAUAGAGUUUCUUCCUGCUAGACAACUGAUGAAAACAACGUUUUACACUCGCGAUUUGUGUCACUUUGUGUUAGUGCGAGUGUAUUGCUCAAAAUAGAGGUUUACAGUCAACCUCAAUUUUUUUCUACGUUUUCACAGCUGCCACAGACUAUCUAGGCGUAUAAAUAAUAUAAGGUCCUGUCAUAUAACGGCGUGUCUAGAACAUAUCUCACGAGAUGUUCGCGAAUUAUAUUGUAAUACGUAUAUUAUUGUUAUAUAAUAAUUAUUAAUAAUUUGUUAUUAUUUACGUGAACUUCCUUACGUCUGGGAUUAUAUAAUUAUACAAAUUUAAUUUGCAUAAAUAUUUAUGGACAAUGUGGGACUCAAAUCAAAUGAAAAUCACUUAAUUCAUGUAAGUCAAGGAAAUAACACUUAUUAAUGUCAAUAAUUUUCUUGUCUUUUCACAUUUACCACCACUCCGGAAUAAGUUUGAUCUUUAACGAGAAGAAGUGGCAAGAAUCUCAUUGCCACUCUUUUAAAUCAACAUUUACAGCUUCAUCGUUGUACAAAUAGUUUCAUUUACAAUAUAUUAUGUAAAGCGAUGAAACAAAAACGAAGCCGCGCCUUUCGGGAUACGCCCCAGAGCUCAUACCUACUAAGCCAACCGAGUGACGCAUAGUUACUAAAUCUUGGUGUAUUACUAAAUCUAAUAUUUUGAUUCAAAAUAGUAUUUGAAAUCACAUAAUGAACGUCAUAACUCAUAAGCUACACCCAUUCGAAAUAGUGUGCCUCAGACCUGAGAAGAACAGACGCAAUAAACCCAGCGGCCUUUUUUUUGUUUAUAAUAUAAUUUACUAUUAAAUAGCCGGAGGACGGUCGCUCCAUUCUCAAUCUGUGGCGUCAUUAAGAAAAUCAUUUAUGUUAUAGUAACCGUUACCACACAACGGUUUUUAACAAUUCUUUUGAAUUUCGUAACCCAUUUGUUUUGUACAUUUUCCGGGAUUUUUUUGUAAUCUUAAUAUAUGUAUAUAAAUUACGUGACACGUUGUUUGUCCGCGAUGGACUCCUAAACUAAUGAACGGAUUUAAAUAGGGAUUACUUCAUGGACUGCAGUUUAGUCCAACUUGAGAGGUAGGAUAGUUUUUAUUUCGAUUUGGGACCCAUAAUUAUUUUUAUUUCCUUAUAUGUUUUGUAUCGACAUAUUUUCUAUGAGAGAAUUUAUUGACGCACGCUUUGACAGUUCUGCUGUGAUACAAUUUCGUUAUAACAACAGGGAGCAUAUCUUACGAAAUAAUUCUCGAUGUUAUUAAAUAUUAUUGACAAAUUCAUAAAAAAACAGCAUUUUAUUAAUUACAGAACAACGUCUGUCGGAUCAGCUAGAUAGCAUAUAAAUCCAACAAAGACUCAACCGAGUAGUAGGCAUAACAAAUUUGAAAAUUUAUUGAAUUAGGCGUUACUUUGCGGAAAUCCAUAAUUAUCCAAAUGAAUUAAGUUUUGUUUUGUGUUAAUUCCGCCAAUAUUUGUUUUUAAAAAAAGGCAUCUACACGAGGCAUCCUCAGGACGUGCUAAAAGUGUGUGAGUAAAGAAAACUUAAAUCAUUUGUAUAACAAGUUUGUCUGUUGGUGUUAACAUUAUUAUUGUCGCCGUUUCUGGAAAAUUCCUUUAGGUGCUUACGAACAUAAUAUAGAACAUUAUCAAGAAUAUAUUGAGAUGCAACAGUCAAAAUGUUUAUAUCUUUAAAAUUUUCUCUUGAUUCCUUAGGAUCUAGCUUAUAAUAGCAAAAACAUCGAGUUUUCGAGUCCCGCAUCAUUGAUAAAUUUUGGUACCAAUUAUAUUAGUAUAAUAAUAAUAAUAAUUUAUUCCUUGCUUGUACCUGAUAGAUUGUACAUAAGAAAAUAUAUCAUCUAUAGCGUUAUUAUAAUUAUAAAUGUUAGUUUAAUUACUUACCCCCUUAUUCAUAAUAGUCUGCUAACUUAAAGCAUUGCUAAUUCUCACUGUCUUCUUCUAUUGACCUAAGUCAGAAUGAGUAAAAACACUCCUUAACGGCUUCUUUACUCUAUAAUGAAUAAGGGGGAUUAUAUAUAGUAUAUGCUAGCGAAUAUAUCACAGCCCGAUAAUACGUCACCAAUUUUGAAUUGUCAAUGUGUCCGUUAGCUAGUGGCUUAAUAUUCAAAAUACAAAGGAGCGUGGCUGACUGUUUACGACUUAUCAAUCAAAUCGCUUUCAUGUGUUACAAAGUGUAUCUCCGUUGGAGUGGCCCUUCUUGAGCGGUUUGUUUGUCUAUAACCGAGUAUAUUGUAAAUUUAUGCUUUUUUUCAUUCCAUGUAUGGUAUAUUUCGUUUAAGUGACAGAUGGGCCUUUUCCUUGCAUACUUGGAUUACAUUAAAACUAAGAUUGAUACUUUGGAAUAAAUAUUCAGUAUGGAUAGGCGGUUGGAAAAUAUGCAAUUUAUAUAAUCUUAAAUAAUAGAUUGAAUUUUGAAAACGUUACGGUCAACUUGUAUACAAGACUUAUAAUAUAUUAAAUUAAAACUAACCCCCAUAGUACUAUUGUCUAAAAAGACAGAAAUUGUUUUUAAUAGCAUUUAAUAAUCUUCUUAUUAAGCUACUUAAGUCUGACAAAAACUUUUUAUUAAUUUAGUAUUAACACUUAUUUAUAUAAAUUCAUUUGCUGAUUGUGAAAUUGUAAAAUAAAUCCAACAACUACUCAAAUGAAAGUAUUACUAUUGAAAUGAAAAUAUAAAAGCUAGGAAGGUAAAUAAAACAAUGUAGCAGUAACAGAUAAAAAAAAAUUGAUCAUCUUUUUGGCUAUAGAUUCUAGAUUUAUGUUUUAUUUUGUAAGAGGAUACAGAAAAAAUUAAGUUAUGGCGUGGCGCCAUCUGUUGGCAACAGUUUGACAACUAAAUGUAAAGUAUAACAACCGAUAUGAAAAUAUAAAGUUAGGAAGUGCAAUAAAACAAUAUAACAAUAUCAGACUUAAAAAAGUUGAUCAUUCAAUCAUUUUUGGCUAUAAAAUGAUUCUAGAUUCAAUUUCUUCGCAAAAUGAUAUUCAGUACAUAAGUUAACUUGUGGCGCCAUCUGUUGGCAACAGUUUGAUAACUAAAUGUGGCCAGUGUUAAAUUUUUUAUUGAAAAGCAUUUUAUAUUCUUGGACUUAAUUAUUUAUAAAUAUUGCUUUUGUCAAACGCAUUGGCUUCCGAAUUUUUAAUUGAUGUAUUUUAACAGUAAUUUUGUUACUUGUCUAUAUAAAUGUCUCUAGUUAUUGCUUAAACGUAUGAUUUUAAAUGUGUCAUGUUGUUAUGUAUUGUCUUUAUUUGAAAUAAAUAUUUUUGAAUA